CAGGGGACAGGCCCACGCUCUGUGGGUGCUCCCAUAUGUGGGAGGAACCGCGCUGGGUUUGGGGUUCAGCAGUGAGGGACAAAAGUGACCCAAAAAAUGGGAAUUUUGGAUGCCCAAAUCUGGGGGGCUCAGCGUGACAGGGUUAUUGUAGGGAGGGAGCUGGGCACGGGGCUGGCUGUGGGAUUUUGGGCACAGAGCCAGCGGGUUUUGGGAUGAGAUCAUGGAUUUUAGGUGGAAUAGGCCAAGGAGAUGGGAAUGGCCAAACAGUUAUCCCAAGCAUUUGGGGUUGGAAUUCUUUAUUUUACAGGAAAUGUGGUGGGUGGUUCCAUUCCUGAUGGGAUCCCUCAGGAAGAACUUCCUUACCCCAGAAUCACUAAAACUAGAAAUAGCUUUUUCUGGAAGAGCCAAAGGAUUCCUCAGGGAUAGGUCCCAGCCAGGAGAGGGAAAACCAAGCCCUUUGUGUGCUCCCUGCUCCUUGUGGGGUUUGGGUGACAGCAGGACUUGGGCAGAGCCAAAAUACGUUCUGCUUCCCUUUAUCUGAAUUAUUGGGAGCAAUUUCGAGCCAGCCCAGUGCAAGGAGAUCUGGGAGCAGCCAGCUCGGAGCCAGAGGGUGAUAAGGUGCUUUGGGAUGAUGGAUGAGAUCUGGCUGCCUCCCAGAUUUCGGUAUCUCCUCAAGAAAUUCAAUAUUAAAAUGUUAGGUAUAGCUCUUCUCUCAUUUCCUCUUUUUCUCCUUCCUAAUUUUUCCCCAGGUAAGAGCCACAUAAGAGUCAGACCCAGAGCUGGGCAGGCUGCCAGAACCCUGACUAGUUUUCCGUUUAUUUCUGGAAAGAUCUGGAUUUCAUAUCCAUAUCAUUGCCUGCAUGACCACAGAGCACACGUGCCCAGCAGAGGUCCAGAGUGGUCAUGGAUUACGGGAAUUCUGUCAAAACCCAACCCAGCUGGGUGAAAUGUGCCCUUGGUUCAUUGGGCAACAGGUUUGCACUGGGACAGGAGAGCAAUGAGCAAACAUUCCAGCUGUUCCAGGACUUGGGGAAGAGGCUCUGCUGAGGAUGGGAGUGAUGAAAACAAGCUGAUGUUUAACCCGUGGGGGGAGGUAUCCCAUGGGGAACUCCUAAUGGAUUUGUGGGAUGUGCUUUAGGAAGAGGAGACCAACAGCCUCUGGGGUUUCUUGUAUGUCACCAAACCCAGCCAAUGGGUCAGUGACAAUGUCGAUAAUAACAAUUACCAACAACAACAACAAUAGUAAUUAUAAUAACAGCAGCAAUUAAUAAUUAAUAACAUCAAUAACAGAUAUGCAGCGCCUCUGCCUGUCCCAGUCUCAGGAAAUGGAACUUCUCCAGUUAUGAAGGAAUUUAAAUCCCCUGUGUUCUUAGAUAAUAACAGUAGAAAAAGAGAUUUUUCCCAAAAAAUGUUGAUAAUGCUGAACAUUCUGCUUCAGGGGAAUGUUUGGUCAGACUGUGGGGUGAGAGUGGGAAUGCUCUGCAGGACCCACCUGCCUGGCUCCUGCUCCACCAUCUCCCAGUCUUCACCUCCCUGCUGUUAUUUCCUGGUUCUUUAUCUCCCUGCUAUUAAUUUCCGUUUUCUUCUCCGGUCUCCCUUAUCCAUCAUCUCCUGGGUCAUUGCCUCCCCCCUCAUCAUCUCCUGUUCUCCACGUCCCUGCUCCUCAUCUCCUGCUCCAUCCUCUCCCUGCUCCUCAUCUCCUGUCCCCUCCUGCUCCAUCACCUUCCAGCCCUUCAGCUCCUGCCCAUCCCUUGUUGGGACUGCAGCGCCGAGAUCCCGAGGGAUUCGUCGGAGUCCCCCGGGUGCCUCCCGCCCCCCCAAGCUCCCCCGAGCCUUUUCUCCCCCGCCGCCCGGGGGCGGUGGUAGCGGGGCGGGACCGGGGGCGGCCCCGGGCAGGUCCCCCUGGAGCGGCGGCGGGAGCGGCGGAGCGGAGAUGCCGUACCUGCUCAUUAGCACCCAAAUCCGCCUGGAGGCUGGGCCCACCAUGGUGGGCGACGAGCACUCGGAUCCCCACCUGAUGAGUAUCCUGGGGGCCACAAAGAGGAACACGCUGGGCAACAACUUCUGUGAGUACUACGUGAACGAUGCUCCGCGCGUGGUCCUGGAUAAGCUGGAGAGCCUCGGCUACCGCGUGGUCAGCAUGACCGGCGUGGGCCAGACCCUGGUCUGGUGCCUCCACAGGGAAUAGCCAGGGAGAGUCCUGUGUUCCACCCGGACCACAUCCUGCUGGAGAUCAUCUUAUAGGACUGGCAGCAAACUUUCCCCCCUUAAUUCCUUCCUGUCCCAGACUCCAGGCACUCGAGCAGGGGGAAGAAUGGCGCAGAAGCAGAGCUGGACCCUGUGGAAUUUUGCCAUCCCUGUUCUGUUUCCCAAGAGCAGGGGGAGGAAGGUAUGCCCAGAAUUUGGCAGAGGGAACAGAUGGUUCCAGCUCUGCCUUCAGUGGGAUGGCAGUCUGGCAAAUUCCAGCUUUUUACAUUUUAAUCAUGUAUUCAGCAUGCCCUGGAGGAAGCUCAGUAACAGCCCUGUUUGCCUCCUCCUCAGGCUGGGGCUGCCCCAGAGAGCUCCGUGCCUUCUCCUGGGCUAGGGGGUUAGGGAGGGACAGCAAGCAUGGACACCAUCCCAUCUCAUCCCUGAAAUCCAAGAGGGAACCACUAAACCUACUCCCAGGGCUCUGAGAAUCCUUUCCCUUGGCAGCAAGGCCUGCUUCCAUCUCAGCAGCACCACUGAACUUCCAGAUCCCAGACUGCCAUCCAAGCCUAACAUGGGAUUCCCAAAAUAACACAGAAAGUGUUGUUGUGUAACUAUUCCAGGUGCAGGCUCUAAUUCCAACACUGCUGGAAUGUUUGGGACUGUGCACGGAUUCUGCUGCGGGGGGUAACACCAAUAAAACAUUGCUCCAAAGAGACCAGUA